UUUUCAGAAUGAAAAUUCCUUUCCUGGUCAGAUGGUCAAGUUCUAGGAAGAACAAUGACAGGAGAGGAAUGAUGCUAAGUCCUCCCCAGCCUCCAACACAUCCGGAUGCUGCUGCUGCUGCUUCCUCUCCUCUCGAUCUUAAUGAUGCAACAAUCUGGUAAGAAUUCGCCUUUCAUCAGUGCUGACGGCCAGAGCAGAGCGGAUUCGGAAAUAAAUCCGUUUCCAUCGGUGUUGAUGAUGCACGGAUUUGAUCAAGAUUUAUCGGAUUUAAUCCUUUAAUCCUCCCUGCUGCUGAAGAUGCAGGGAUGUGGUCUGAAGUUGCUUAAGCAGAGAAGAUGUGGGGGUGUCAGACCCCGUGUUUGAGGGCCAUUUAUUGGUGUCUUAACAGAAAAUAUGAAGUAAUGAGAAAGUGCAAAAUGAGGAGGAGUCGUUCCUCUUCCUGAGAAUUCUCAUAAAUACACUAAUAAUAAGAGGAAAAGUAGAUAAUAAAAAUACUCAAGCUAGCAAUGGAGCAAAAAAUAAUAAAAUAAGAAUACGUGAAGUGGAAAAAUGGAAGAUAAUAUGCAGCAAAACCAAAUAAGACAUAUUUGUUAAAGACUAUAACUUUAAAAUUUAAAUUUAAGUGAAGACGGUCAAUAAACAGUUGAUUAACGAGAGAAGGAGUGAUAGAAGAACGUCAGGGAGACGGGGGAUCGAUCGAGACCAGCAUGGAGAGUGAGAGCUGGUCGCUAGUACUGUGUGUUGUCGUUCUUAUCUUAGGGAACAUGGUGGGGGAGGCAGGGGCGGGCACAGGGCUGUACAUGGGUCCCUACUUCCCCAGCCCUCAGCCCCUGAACAUCACCGUACACCAGGACACCGUCGCCUACCUUCCCUGCACCGUCAAUCAGCUUGGAGACAAGUCGGUGUCUUGGGUGAGGCAGAGGGACGCGGACAUCCUGACGGUGGACCGCUACACCUUCGUCAGGGACGAGCGGUUGACCGUACACUUCACCCCUGAUACAGGCACCUGGACGCUGGUCAUCAAGUACGUCCAGGACCGCGACGCUGGCACCUAUGAGUGCCAGAUCUCCACCGAGCCAAAGAUGUCAAUGCUGGUCCAUCUUAACGUCAUUGUGCCGCAAGUGGAGGUGACCGGCGCGGCGGACAAGUACGUGAGGAGUGGAUCCACCGCUCGUCUCGAGUGCAAAGUGAGCUCAACCGUUCAGCUUCCCGAUUACAUCUUCUGGUACCACUCUGGGGAGCGGCUGCUGGAGUACGACAACCCGAGAGUGAAGUUUACGGUGUCGAGGCGGGGCGGGCAGGGCAGUGAGAUGAGUGUCACUUCUACUCUGGUGAUCUCCAACGCCAAGUCCGCAGACGCGGGAAACUAUACCUGUCUUCCCUCCAACCUGCAUCCCGCCACGACGCUCCUCCACGUCCUCAAUGCAGACGAGCACCCAGCAGCAAUGCACACGGGCGGAGCGACGACAACAGAGCCUCCCCCUGCCUGGGGAGUACUCCUGGCGGUGGUACUCAGUAUAGUGAUGGUCCACGCCAACCCCCUCACAGCCCAGGCAUGUGUUGGAGAGCCUUUCUUCAUUCCAAGCGACGUAGGUGAGGUACAUCGUCCCAGAAGAAGGACUAGAAGCAGGAGGAACUCGGCGUCUGGACUCAUAGCAAGGGUGCGUGAGGUGUCUCUACCUCAUCGCUAUCCUUGUGAGAGCCGGGGCCGACGGCCCUCUUACAGGAGACAACCGGGUUCGGUUCCCUGGCGGCGGAGAGGAACAGAUUCUGAAGGCAUUGAUAAGCAGGGUCAUCCUGCCUUGCUUACUCUGUCUGCUUCAAUUCUCCACACUGCAUUCAGAUUAAGCGAUAUAAUUGGUUCACACUAACACAUACACAUACACACACACACACACACAUACACACACACACACACACACACACACACACACACACACACACACACACACACACACACACACACACACACACACACACACACACACACACACACACACACACACACACACACACACACACACACUCACACAUUGUGUAUUAACCCUGAGUUUUAUCAUUUUGUAUAAUAUGCUUAGAGUCUCAAGCUGGAAGCUUCCAUUGAAUAAAUGCAUAAUCUUACAUGUGCAUUAUAAACCAUUUUUGUAUUGCAAUAUUCUGUAUAUGCAGCCUCAAAAAUGCAAUGUUCUUCACGCAAAGCUUCAGGUUAAUGUAAAUCUAAGUUUUGUAUUUCAUCACAUAUAUGCCUUUAGGAAACUUACUCUUGAAUUUGGAUUAAAAGGCCGUUAAUUCUACUAUUUUCUAAAACUUUUAAUUUCCAUUUUAAACGGCUGCGUUGAGGAUAAUGUGGCCAGUGUUAAAUGCUCAAAAAUUGUGUUGGAUAAGAUUAUAUUAUAUAGCAUAAAUUGCAGACGAAAUAUAAUUUUUUUCCUGAGUUUUAUAGGUGUUGAACAUCGCACAUAAUUGACCCGGGAAGAAUUCUUAUUGUGGAAAAAAAAUGUCAAAGCUUCAGUCAGAACCAUUUUUACUUUUCAGAGGACAUACCGUAAAGAAUUUCCGACCCAGAAGUUCCAAUUCGUUGAAUAUUUCAGAAAUAAAAUACAAUUCUUAUCGGCUUUGGUGCACACAACUCAGCAGAUAACGAUUUGAAGUCAAUUUUUUUGCAGUAUAUUUGAAGGCAUAUCUCGACGUCAAGUCACGACGUCAAGUCACGACGUCAAUAUCACGGCUCUCACUGACGUCAAUACGUCAAUGGCCACGUGACGCAUGAAAUUUUCUGAGCCAAAAUCCACAGAUUGAUAUAUAUAGAGAUUGAUAUAUUGUUUCAUAAAUAAUGAACUCAUUUACUUCUUGUGAUUUCUGAUGGCAAAUCACCUUGAGUUUCUUGCAUAGUGAUUACUACCCUAAGAGGUGAUUUCUAUUUCUGUGUUAUUAAUUUAAGUUCUGAAUCGAGGUUAUGUAAUGUUUUCCAAAUAGCUGGUUUUUUACAUUUUUUCCCACAAUUAUUAAUUUUGUUUACGAUAAUCUUUGUUUGAAAUACACCAAGCUAAGAUUUAGUCUGAAAUUUUAAACUUAAAAUACAUAUCGAAUAUUGUAAUUUUAUUCAGAAUAACUAAUACUUAUUGUUUUUUUUUGUUUAGUUUGUCCCAUCCUGUAUACUGCCUCAAGAUAUUUUUGUUUAAUUCAAUGUUGUAAACUAUCAAUUAAUGUGUUACUACCAAAUGACCUGUUUAAUCACACGAGUCCCACUAGAGGCUUUCUAUUUUCGUUCGUGUUUACAACUCGUCUAGUGAAAUUUACAAUGGCUGGUAAACUGUUUCCAUGAGUUUACCACUGUGUGAGUUUACAUAACACUGUUAUGUUUAUUAUUUAUAUCCAUCAUAAGCCUCAGAAUGUAUAGUGCUCGAACAAACUCCUUCAGUAAAGGGGGGUUUCCUGAAUGUUGUUUUACAAACUUUUGUAUCAGUGUGUGUUUGUUCACCAAGGUUGUCUCUGUAAGACAAGGUUACAGAGGUCACUGUAAUGUUUGGAUACAUAAAUGUAAGAAUGAGUGGAAAUACUA